GCGUGGGCGGUGCGAGGCGAGUGGAUGGUGACAGUUUCUGGAACUUUCCUCCCAGCUCGGUAUUUAAAGUAGAGGAGCGCCUGAGCCGGCGUGUUAGAAGCAGCAAGCCCACAGUCAAGUUUUCAGUGGCGGCUAGCCAGAGGCACUAUUUGUAAAUGUGAAAGGCUCAAACAAACCAGCAGAAAAAGAUAAGUAGCGUCGGUGAGCUUGAUUGAAAUAAAGAUGUCGGUGGUCGGCUUUGAUAUUGGAUUGCAGAACUGUUACAUCGCCAUCGCUCGAGCAGGAGGCAUCGAGACCAUUGCCAAUGAGUUCAGUGACAGAUGUACCCCGUCAGUUGUAUCGUUUGGGUCAAAGAACAGGGCUGUUGGAGUUGCAGCUAAAAGUCAGCUGAUCACAAAUGCUAAGAACACCAUAAUAAACUUCAAAAGAUUUCAUGGCCGAGCAUUUAAUGAUCCUUUUAUUCAAAAUCAGAAGGCUAAACUAGCUUAUGAUCUUGUUCCUAUGAAAACUGGAGUUGGCAUGAGGGUAAUGUAUAUGGAUACAGAGCAACAUUUCAGUGUGGAGCAAAUCACGGCCAUGCUGCUGACCAAACUAAAGGAAACGGCAGAGAGCAGUCUGAGGAAACCUGUAUGUGACUGUGUGAUUUCUAUACCCUCUUUUUUCACCAAUGCUGAACGGAGCUCCGUGCUAAAUGCUGCUUAUAUUGCUGGCUUGAAUUGUCUAAGACUGAUGAAUGAUACCACAGCAGCAUCUCUAGCUUAUGGAAUCUACAAGCCAGAUCUACCAGCCCUUGAAGAAAAGCCAAAAAUUGUGAUAUUUGCAGAUAUGGGUCAUUCAGCAUUCCAAGUUUCUGCCUGUGCUUUCAGUAAGGGAAAUCUUAAGAUACUUGCAACAGCCUUUGAUCCACAUUUGGGAGGCCAAGAUUUUGAUGAAGUAUUAGUAGAGUAUUUUUGUUCAGAAUUCAAAACCAAGUAUAAAUUAAAUGUGAAGUCUAAAAUCCGAGCCUUAUUACGACUGUAUCAGGAGUGUGAGAAGCUGAAGAAACUCAUGAGUGCCAACUCCAUGGAUGUUCCCUUGAGCAUUGAAUGCUUCAUGAAUGACGUGGAUGUAACCGGAAAGAUGAAUCGAACUCACUUUGAGGAGCUUUGUGCAAGCCUGCUGCAAAGGGUGGAGGCACCUCUUCGAUCAGUUAUGGAGCAAACACAACUCAAACUUGCAGAUAUUAAUGCAGUUGAGAUAAUUGGAGGGUCCACACGUAUUCCUGCAGUCAAAGAAAGGAUCGCAAAAUUCUUUGGGAAGGCUGUCAGCACUACACUCAAUGCAGAUGAAGCAGUGGUCAGAGGCUGUGCUUUGCAGUGUGCAAUGCUUUCACCUGCUUUUAAAGUACGUGAAUUCUCCAUCACAGAUGUAGUACCAUUCCCAAUUUCCCUGAAGUGGAGUACAGAAGCAGAUGAAGUAGAGGGGAGUCACGAAGUAUAUUCCAGAAACCAUGCAGCACCCUUUUCAAAGGCCAUCACUUUCUACAGAAAAAAGCCAUUUGAACUAGAAGCUUUUUACAGCAAUCCCCAAACGCUCCCUUAUUCUGAAGUAAAAAUAGGGCAGUUUAUCAUUCAGGAUAUUCUACCUCAGAUAGAUGGUGAAAAAUCCAAAGUGAAGGUAAAUGUAUGCAUCGACAUUCAUGGCAUCUUCAGUGUUUCAACAGCAUCUAUGACGGAAAAGGUAAAAGUGGAAGAGACUGAAGCAACAAUGGAAACAGAGUUGGGUCCCUGUACGCCUGACACAGUUGGGGACAUUGAGAGCAAGACUCAAACAGACAGUGAUGAGAGUGAAGUUCAGCCGCAAGUACAAUUAUAUGGUCAAGAAUCUCCACAAUCUCCCUCUUCCCCUGAAAUGGAGCAUGAAGAAAAUAAAUCUGAAAAUGCUGAAAUGAACUGCAAGUCCAAUAAUGAAAAGAAAACUGACCAGCCUCCUGAUCCAAAAAAGCCAAAGAUUAAGUUGAAGACUACAAAUCUUCCAAUUGAAGCUAAACUGGUGUGGCAGUUUGGGAAGGAUUUACUUGAUAUGUAUUUUGAAAAAGAAGGGGAUAUGAUCAUGCAGGACAAGUUGGAAAAAGAGAGAAGUCAUGCCAAAAAUGCUGUGGAAGAGUACAUAUAUGACUUCAGAGAGAAACUCUGUGGACCAUUUGAAAAAUUCGUCAGUACUAAGGAUCAAAAAAAUUUUUCAACAUUAUUGUCUGAGACAGAAAAUUGGUUAUAUGAAGAUGGAGAAGAUCAAAUUAAACAAGUAUAUGUUGAUAAGUUGUUGGAGCUAAAAAAGUUAGGUACCCCAAUUCAAGACCGAUAUCUGGAGAAUGAGAAAAGACCAAAAGCCUUUGAUGAGCUUGGGCAAAGACUGCAUCAUUACACAAAACUGGUGGGAGAAUCCAGGAAUAAUGCUGAGAAGUAUAACCAUAUAGACGUUUCUGAAAUGGAGAAAGUAGAAAAGACAGUGAAUGAAACAAUGGAAUGGAUGAAUAGUGCAAUGGACACACAGGCCAAACUGAGUUUCCAUCAAGACCCUAUAGUACUUGUGGCUGAGAUUAAAGAUAAACAAAAGGAGCUAGAUAAUAUCUGCAAUCCAAUAGUAACUAAACCCAAGCCAAAAGUAGAGAUUCCUAAAGAAGAAAACCAAGCAACGAGCAGUAAAACUAAUUCUAAGAAUGGAAGCGGAGAGCCAAUGGAGAAUGAGGACCUUGCCAAGGAUACAGAAAUUCCUUCCCAAAAUGGUGACUGCCAUCCAGGAGAUAACUGUACAGCCAACAUGGACAUGGAUUAAUCUGUGGAGAUUUAAAAGGAAUAUUUUAUCCCUACAACUUUUUACUUUUUUCUUUUAAUGUUUCUAAACACCCAGCCUAUUCAUUUAUAAAAAGCUUUUGCAAUACAUUUUCUUCGGUACCUAAAUGGUGAAGGAGUUCAGCUAUUUAAUAUGUACAUUGUGUUGGUUAAAUACUUAAGAACAAUGGUAAUGUUAAAUUCCUGUGGAAUUGUACAUUUCUGUUAGUCACCUACACAGCAUGAUGCAUCAUACUAUUUUGUAAGUUAUGCUCCAUCAAACUGAGCAUUUAAGCAUGAAGCUCUAACUGGUGCAUGUUUCAACAUUAGUUGGGUAUAUGUACGUAUUUGUAGUUUAGUUGUUUUUUUUCUGUCUUUGUGCAUUAUUAUUAAGAUGACAAUGAGACCUAUAUAAUUAGAAUAAAUUGAGUAACUGAGCAGAGAAGCUAUGUAUGACUUUCUACUAGAAAAUAAAGUUUUCAACAUCAAAAA